ACUACGAGGGUGGUGCCGAGUGGGUUGGAUUGUACAUACUUAAAUUAUGUAUUAUUUUUAAUUUGUUUAGUUUCAUAAUUAAGUUUGCCUUCUAUUGUUUUUAUUUAUAAGGAUGAAGUUAAUUACAUAAUAUACUAUCAAUAAAAUAACACAUUGAAGACUAACUUUGGCGUCAGCUAUUUUUAUAACCUAUUACUGAGUAGAUUGAAGCUGUGUGUAUGAGUAACCGACAGUGCCUACAAUUACUGUUUACUGUUGCCUCUUGUUCGAGAUCUGUUACCUAAUUGUUUCAAGAUUUCGUCGCUCUCUUUGGGAAUAAUAUUGUAAAUAUUAGAGAUAUCACUUAUUAGCGGCGUUUCGGUACAUUCAGACCACCAUCGCUCUGUGAUAAAAACCGGUUUAUGUGAUUACAUUAGUCGAUAGAGAAACCUAUCCAAAGAUGGCAACUUUAUAUAGUUGGUACAGAGACCUUAUGGACAAUAGGAGUGAUCCCCGGGUAAAAGACUGGCCCAUGAUGUCGUCGCCGUGGCCCACGCUGGCCGCGUGCGUGUGCUACGCGUACUGCGCGCGGGUGCUGGGCCCGCGGCUCAUGUCCAACCGCAAACCCUUCGAGCUACGAAGCGUGCUAGUCGUCUAUAACCUCGCACAGACCAUAUUCAGUGCCUGGAUAUUCUAUGAGUAUUUGAUGAGCGGCUGGUGGGGUCAAUAUAACUUUACGUGUCAACUGGUCGACCACUCCCGGAGCCCGAUGGCGAUGAGGAUGGCGAAUACAUGCUGGUGGUACUACUUUAGCAAGUUUACGGAGUUCGUGGACACGCUUUUCUUCGUGUUGCGGAAGAAAAACGAGCACGUGUCCACGCUGCAUGUGAUACACCACGGCAUCAUGCCCAUGUCCGUGUGGUUCGGGCUCAAGUUUGCGCCAGGUGGUCACAGCACGUUCUUUGCUCUUCUGAACACGUUCGUCCACAUCGUGAUGUACUUCUACUACAUGGUGGCUGCGAUGGGUCCUAAAUACCAGAAGUACAUCUGGUGGAAGAAGUACCUCACCGCCUUCCAGAUGGUACAGUUCGUGAUGAUCUUCAGCCACCAGCUGCAGGUGUUGUUCAGGCCGUCGUGCCAGUACCCUCGUGUCUUCGUCUACUGGAUCGCCAUGCAUGGCUUCCUAUUCCUCUUCCUCUUCAGCGACUUCUACAAGGCGAGGUACACCAGGAAGGACAGGAAAUCCAGAAAUAAUGGACUUUGUAUGACUGUCAUGGACGACAGCAGCAGUUCGCUGAACGGCAAGAACGGGUACAAGCAGGAAGUGGGCUCGGAGGUGCCGAACUCGUACGCGUCGUCGGGUGCGGACGCCUUCGUGCGCCGGCGGCCCGUGUCAUAGUGCCCGCUAGUGCCACUGCGCUAUGUACAGACCAUCUCGAACCUUCCACGAUAGUGUCCAUCCGCCGCAGACCUGAGACUGAUGUUUAUACACUACGAGACUGUGUGACGACGCCGAUGUGAGUGCGAGUGCCCGCUCCAUGUUCGUUGAAUAAUGUUUCAGACUAUAUUUCUACAAGAGUUUAGAUGUUAACUUUUAUUGCUUCUAUAAAGUUUGUUGAUGCACAAAGUCACUAUUUUGGAUCUUGCUUAGAUCUUCUAAAUGCCUUGUAAUUUUUUUUAAGUACAAAAUAUAAUUAAUUGAUAAUAUUCUAUGAACUGUUGAAAAUUAAUGUCUCGGUUAUUGUGAAAUCUAGUCGCGUUUUGGCGAUUUUAUAUUGUUUUUCCUUGUUUUGAACUGAAGCUAGGGUUUGUAAUGCAAUCAAUAAAUUAUGACAACAAUCGGUUAGAUUAUUUUUGUCACAAUACAUAUUGGUAUAUUCUUGAUAGGCGAAAGUGAGAUGGGCAUUUUGUAUUAUGUAUAUAUUUUUAAUUAUUUUAAAGUAAACAUAGUUAUGGUAUCAUGUGUAACUAGGUGUAUUAAAGGUUAACGGAUUUUUGUAAAUAUAUUUUUAUCAUUAGAAGCUAAAUGAAAACAAUGAAUAAUGUUACCAUACCUUUGUUAGAUAUCCAGUGUAGGUUUACUAAUAGCAUUUCAGUUUUCUCUUCUACGCCCUGUGCUCAAGUAUUCUAAACCUUUCUUCCACAUGAACCUUUUAUACAAACUUGUUAAACUAUUUUUGAUGAAUGCGAACAAUGUGAACAAAUUGAAGUUAAAUUGUUGUUAUGCACCUUGCAUUUACUGAAGUAUUUGUUUAUACAAAUUUCCUGUAAUGGUAGGAGACUGUGCACACUGAGGCAUCUAACAGUAGAUCUGCACCAAGCAGGACAUUUGGCAGUUGGUAAUACUGAGAUAAUAGAAAUGUUUGUGUGUGUAAUUGUUCAAGGUAAUGUCUAGUGGCGUUGCAUUAGCCAAUUAGUGAAAUGUGCACAGUCUCUUACCGCCGAGCCCUCACGAUAAUAUUUAAGUAUUAUUUUAUAUCAUGUUCUGGUAUUACGAUGCUUUAAGUGUUGUGCAAUGUGGAGUGCCGGUUGCUUAGAUCGAAGGCGGACGAGUCCGCGCGACAACAGUCCUGCUCAAGUAAUUGCUGCGAAAACACUCUUUUGCAAUUUUAUUUAUUACUUUAAUAAAGGAUUUUACAAUUGA